ACCAAAGUAGAUUUGGAGGAGAAAAACCUGAACUUUGAAAAUACUUUUUCUAAACAAUGCUUGGGCAAGAGCUAUAACAAAUAUUGUUCCUCCUAGUGUGUCUGAUAGCAGAAUGUGACUGAGCGUGAGAAAUGAAAAGGCUGUGAAUAGCUCCUGCACUGACAGUUGCUGCAUCCUUUCUAUGUGAAUUCCUCAAGGCAGCAUCAAAGGGGCUAUAGUUAAACUUAAAGCAAUGUUAAAGAAGGGAGAAAAUGGAUGUUUAGUCAUACAGUCCUGAACGUCGUGUAGGUAGAAAUUCCUCUGGAAAAAACAGCUUUGUCUGAGCUGCGUGCAAGUUCAUCUGAGAAGGAAAGCAGAAGAGGAAGUUCCCUGCUGAGAGAAUAAUUCCAAGACAGAAGAAAGAGCAAGCCUAGAGAUCUACUUCAAGGACAAGCAAGAUUAAACUUUCAGCUCCUGGAGAUGCUGCCAGCUGCCUUAUGCCUGCCCGCAUGAACUGUUGGAAGAUGGCCGUGACGGACAUCGCAUGGGCAAAGGAUCUUCGCCAGGUGCCAGGAUGUCCCCCUGCCAAGGAUGGGCACCAGGAGCGUGAGCGCUGCAGGCCCCGGGCUGCAGGACACCUUGCCUGGGAGCGUGUGGCUGCCACGGGCCGGGUGAGCAGCGGCUGCCACAGCUCACCCCGCUAGCACUGCUGCCAAGCACUGCGCCGAGGAGCUGCCCCUCGCCUCUCCAGCGCGCCCGUUUGGGCCGUGGGCUGCGACCCGCUCCGAGCAGAGCGGUGCAGCCUGCUCCUGGGACAUGCCAGCUGCGGACUCUGCCCUGGAGAGCUGCGCGCAGCCCGUGAGGCGCUGGCACCCACCACACCUGCACUAGCAGCCAAGGGCUCGGGCAGCCCCCGUCACACAUGCACCUCUGUCCUGCCGGGAUGGGAGUGCUGCGGCAGCAGGACAUGAAGUGCAGCGGGAUGGGGGUGCUCUGCAUGGACCAGUGAGCUGCACGCUGCUGGUGUGAACUUUUCCUACUCCUCCUCCUUCCCAAAGAAUGCCAGUUGCCUGCCCAAAAUCUCCUGUCCAUGCAGCCUGUUGGAGUGUGAUGGCGGAGGGUCUGCAGGGCUUCCCCUGGGCCGUGCUGCUGCUGUGCUGCGCCCUGCUGCCACCCGCGGCCUGGGCCUUGCAAGCCGAGCUGGGGGGGCCCGUGCUGGGACAGCCGGGGGACCCUGCGCUGCUGGCUGGGGGCAGAGUGAAGCGUGGCUGGGUCUGGAACCAGUUCUUCGUGGUGGAAGAGUACACGGGCACGGAGCCGCUGUAUGUGGGCAAGAUCCACUCGGACUCAGAUGAAGGGGACGGCUCCAUCAAGUACACUAUCUCUGGGGAGGGCGCGGGCACCAUCUUCCUCAUCGACGAGAUCACGGGCGACAUCCAUGCCACUGAGCGCCUGGACCGGGAGCAGAAGACCUUCUACACGCUGCGGGCGCAGGCGCGUGACCGGCAGACAGAUCAGCUGCUGGAGCCCGAGUCGGAGUUCAUCAUCAAGGUGCAGGACAUCAACGACAGCGAGCCCCGCUUCCUCGAGGGGCCCUACAUCGGCAGCGUGGCCGAGCUCUCCCCCAUCGGCACAUCCGUGAUGCAGGUGAUGGCAUCAGAUGCUGACGACCCCACGUAUGGGAGCAGCGCGCGGGUGGUCUACAGCGUGCUGGAGGGCGAGCAGCACUUCACUGUGGACAGCAAAACAGGUGUGAUCCGGACUGCGGUGGCUGACUUGGACCGCGAGACGCAGGACCGAUACGAGGUGGUGAUCCGAGCCACAGACAUGGCGGGACAGCUGGGUGGCCUGUCGGGAUCCACCACGGUCACCAUUGUGGUCACCGAUGUCAAUGACAACCCGCCACGCUUCCCACAGAAGAUGUACCAGUUCAGCGUGGUGGAAACCGCCCCUGUGGGCACCGCCGUGGGGAGGGUGAAGGCAGAGGACUCGGACGUCGGUGAGAACACGGACAUGACAUACCAGGUGAAGGACGAGGAGGGGGUCGAGAUGUUCAGGGUCACCACAGACAGCAACACCCAAGAGGCGGUGAUCAUGGUGCAGAAGCCUCUGGACUACGAGUCCAAGAAGGUGCACACGGUCGUGGUGGAGGCCCUCAACAAGUUUGUGGACCCGCGGUUCGUGGACCUAGGCACCUUCCGUGACCAGGCCAUCGUGCGGGUGUCGGUGCUGGAUGUUGAUGAGCCCCCCGAGUUCCGGCCCCCCUCCGACUUCAUGGAGGUGCAAGAGGAUGCGCAUGUCGGCUCCAUCGUGGGGGUGGUCACCGCGCUCGACCCGGACGUGGCCAACCACCCCGUGCGGUACGCCAUYGACCGCAGCACUGACGUGGAGAGGAUCUUCGACAUCGAUGCCAACACAGGGGCUAUCAUGACGGGGAAGGUCCUGGACCGCGAGACAGCCGGCUGGCACAACAUCACCRUCCUGGCCAUGGAGGCAGAUAACCACUCACAGGUAUCCAGAGCUUCCUUGCGCAUCCGCAUCCUGGACGUGAACGACAACCCUCCCGAGCUGGCCACCCCCUACGAGGCUGCUGUGUGCGAGGACGCCAAACCAGGCCAGCUCAUCCAGACCAUCAGUGUUGUGGACCGGGACGAACCCCAGAGCGGCCACCGUUUCUACUUCGCCCUGGCACCCGAGGCCACCCACAGCCACCGCUUCUCUCUGUUGGACGUCCAGGACAACACGGCCACAGUGCACACGCAGAGGGUGGGCUUCAACCGCCAGGAGCAGGACGUCUACUUGCUGCCCAUCCUGGUGGUGGACAGCGGCCCCCCAGCCCUCAGCAGCACAGGAACACUGACCAUCCGCGUGUGCGGCUGCGACAGCAACGGGGCCAUCCAGUCCUGCAACAGCACGGCCUAUGUCAUGUCUGCCACGCUGAGCCCUGGCGCGCUCAUUGCUCUGCUGGUCUGCGUCCUCAUUCUCAUCGUGCUGGUCCUGCUGAUCCUCACGCUGAAGCGGCACCACAAAAGCCACCUGGCGUCCGAGGAUGACGAGGACAUGAGGGACAACGUCAUCAAGUACAAUGACGAGGGGGGUGGCGAGCAGGACACGGAGGCCUACGACAUGUCGGCGCUGCGCAGCCUCUACGAGCUGGGCGAGCUGGAGGGCGGCGGGGGCCCGGCCGAGGCGGCCCCGCGCGGCAGCCUGGCCUCGGAGCGGCACGCGCUGCCGCAGUGGGUGCAGGGCCCGGAGCUGGACUUCGCCCUCUUCAGGGACUACAUCUGCCGCAAGGUGGAGCAGGCGGACGGGGACGCCUCGGUGCCGCCCUACGACUCCUUCCAGACGUACGCGUUCGAGGGCGCCGGCUCGCCCGCGCCGUCCCUCAGCUCGCUGGGCUCGCGCUCCAGCACCUCCGAGCAGGACUUCUCCUACCUGGGGGGCUGGGGGCCGCGCUUCCGCCAGUUGGCCGCGCUCUACGCCGGCCGCAGGGCCGACGAGGAGCCCGAGGACUCGUAGCUGCG